AUGGCAGAUAACAUUCUCUCCUCGACAUCGCUCUGGCAGAAUCGCAAAUGUCUAUUCCUCUGCUGUCUCGUUUCUAUGGCCAACAUGCAGUAUGGCUUUGACCUUGCAGCAGUGGGCUCACUGCAGGCAAUGCCGGGUUUUCUCAAAGUAUUCGGGCAUCCAGAUCCAGGAAGUGACACUGGUUAUGCAAUUGACACAAGAAACAAAAACACAAAUCUAACGUCCCCUCUUCCUCAAACACAGAGCACAGUCCAACAACUCAUCACCUCCCUCCUAACCCUAGGCUCUUUCAUCUCCUCCCUCGUCGCAGGCCUCUUCUCCACCUACCUCGGCCGCAAACCCGCCCUCUGGCUCGCCUGCAUCGUCAACGCCAUCGCCUGCGGCAUCCAAAUCGGCACCUCAACACCCGGAGUCCUCUACCUAGGCCGACUCCUCCUCGGCUUCGCAAACGGCUUCCUAGUCACAUUCUCCAACAUAUAUACAGCCGAGGUAGCUCCCGCACAUAUGCGGGGCGUGAUGGUCGCGCUGUUCGCGUACUGGGUGAAUAUUGGGAGUAUUAUGGGCGCGGUGGUGGAUAAUAAGACCAAGGAGAGAUUGGAUGAAUUGUCGUAUCGGAUUCCGUUGGCUUGUUUGUAUGUUGUGCCGACGUUGCUUUUUGUGGCGUUGUUUUUUGUGCCGGAGAGUCCGAGGUGGUUGUUGCAUCGGGGGAAGGAGGGGGAGGCGAGGAGGGCGCUUGAGCAGUUGAGGGGGGAAAGUUAUAAGAGAAUUUUGGUCGAGAGGGGGAAUGGGAGUGGUGAUGAGGGGAGUGGGAGUGUUGUGCCGACUUUGUUAGAGGUUGAGUGGGUUGAGAUGAUUAAGGGUGUUGAUGAGGAGAAGCGUGAGCAGGGGAGUGUUUCUGCGUUGGAUAUGUUCCGAGGCCCCGAUCUCCGCCGCACACUCCUUUGCUACGGCAUGAUCGGCUGCCAAACCGCCUCAGGCGUCUGGUUCCUAAUCGGCUACCAAACAUACUUCUUCACCGUCUGCGGCAUAAUCAAAGCCUUCGAGUUCUCCAUCAUGAACACCUGUUUCGGCUUUCUAGGCGUCAACGUCGGAAUGUACGCCAUCAGCGAACUGCUCGGUCGACGAUCCAUCCUCAUGCUAGGUGCCGUCGCCUGUGGGCUAUGCCAACUAGCCACCGCCAUUGCAGCUACCGUGAGUCCGAAUACGUUGCCGACAGGUCAGACGCUGGUAGCAUUUACCGCGCUGUUCAUGUUCUUUUAUAACGGGUGUGUUGGCGCGGCGAGUUACCCCGUAGCGACGGAGUUGGGUGCUCGAUAUGGAUAUAUUUGGGCUGCGUCGAAUCUGUGCUGCGUGGUAUUCUUCUACUUCUUCAUGCCGGAGAUGAAAGGUCGAUCUCUAGAGGAGUUGGAUGAGAUCUUUGCGGCGCGGGUCCCGGCACGUAAGUUCAAUUCGUAUCAGACUGUGAUUCGGGUGGCGGCUAGAAUUGAAGCUGCCAAUGCCAAAGACGCGAGUCAGCGUCUCGAGAAGGCCUAG